CUAUGAUUGGUCAAGAUUCCCUUGAAAAAGAUCCUAAAUUUGAUAGAGCAAAGGGAGCAAUCAUGGGCGCUCUCUGUGGAGAUGCUAUCGGAGCAGUGCUAGAGUACCAUCCAACAGAGAUCACUCAUGAAGAUGCAAUCAAUGCAUUCACAAUGCCAGGGGGAGGAAGCCAUGGAAAUGGAGAACUCAAGUGCGGCAAAGGUCAAAUUACAGACGACGGAGAAAUGGUCAUCUGUCUAAUGCAUGCUCUAUGUGCUGGAGAAGGUAAGCUUGACAGACACCAGAUUGCAUAUUAUUACGGCAAAUGGAUGAAGACUGACCCCUUCGAUUUGGGUAAAACUUGUGGGAGUUCUCUCAGAAAUGCUAACCCAGAUUCACCAAAUCCUGAUAAAAUCCAAGAAGAUGCGAAAGAAUCUGAAGGAUCACUUAGUAAUGGAGCCUUAAUGAGAGCAACCCCAAUAGCUGUCUUCUGUCAUAAAAUGAUAUGUGAUAAAACAGAGGAUACAGAGGAAGAGGCAGAUACAGAAGAAGAUAUCUCAAAGUCUAUAAAACAUAAGAACUGAGUGUAUAAAGCAGCAGUAGAAGAUGCCAUGUUUACUCACUGUAACCAGACAGUUCUAUGGAUCAAUUAUUUGUAUUGAUACAUCAUCUCACUAAUCAUUAAUGAAACAGAACUGACAGAAGUCUACUCAAUUGCAUGUAAAGAAAUCGAAGAAAGCAAAAAUGAAGAUAUCAUUUCAUGGUUCGAAGAAUCCAAAAAUGAAGAACUUGGAAGCUUGAAAAAGCAUGCAGGUUGGAUCAAACAUGCCUUUAUCUGAUGAAUGAGGUAUCUCAGACUUGCCACAGAAUCAGAAAACCCAGGUGAAGCUUUCUACGCUAACUCUCUCAUCGAAAUUCUCAAAGGAGAUGGAGACACAGAUACAAAUGCUUGAAUUGCCGGAGGAUUAAUCGGAUCUAUAAUAGGAUACUCAAACCUCCCUUCUCUCUCCACCUCUAAAGUCCUUUCCUGGCCUUCAUCCCCUUCCGACGGUAUCCCCAGAGCCUCCUUCCUCCACCCAAGCAAGCAUGCUAAUCCCCUCAUCAAAUCCCUCUUCCUGCUCUCCCCUACUAAUCUCCAAAUCUCCUAAACCACUAAAUUUUCAAAA